UUCCUUCUAUUGGAAAGACAAAAUGCUCUGGCUAUAAAUAUCUGCUCCCCUAACCUGCUUAAGGUUUAACGAUUUACAGAGAGAGAGGAUGAAGAUUGUUCCUUUCUUCACAUCUUUGUCAAGGUCGGUUCAUGAAGAACAAGAUGAUCAUGAUGACCAGGAAUCAAAAGCAGGUAUCGAUAGCAGUGGCCCUAGUGGGGCUUGCACAUCGAUAUCAUUAACAGUAUGGAGAAAAUCUCUUGUAAUUAGCUGUAAAGGGUUCACAGUGAUCGAUUCCAAUGGAGAUCUGGUUUAUCGGGUCGACAACUAUGUCGGUCAUCCUCAAGAAGUCACUCUCAUGGAUGGCUCUGGGAAAUCGGUCCUCACAAUGCGUCGUAACAAGAAGUUUAGUCUGGUAGAGAGCUGGUUCGUGUACGAAGGAGACGUGGGAGACUUUUUCACAGCAAGAACAACUACAGCAGCAGCACCAAAGAGUUGGCCAGUUUUUUGCGUGAGGAAGAACAAGAACAUGUUAAAUGCCAAUCCCACUACACUUGCCCAUGUAUAUCGUGAAGCAUCGGGUAGUCAUAAAAAAUGUGCUUAUGUGAUUGAAGGGUCUUACACGCAUCGAUCAUGCAAGGUAUUGGAGGAGUUCUCGAGGAAUGUGGUGGCUGAGAUUAAGAGGAAGGAAGCAAAUGUUGGAGGAGUUUCUUAUGGGCUGGAGGUUUUCCAUUUGGUUGUGCAUCCUGGAUUUGAUCCUGGAUUUGCAAUGGCGCUUGUGCUAUUAUUAGAUCAAAUGUUUUAAUUUAUUAGGCUUUUAUCAUUAUUAUUUAUAUAUUUUCUUGAAGAACAUAUUGGAAUAUGAUUUCAGGAAAGUAAUGAGUUUCUAAUUUAUAUAGUGUAACGUCUCACUCUACUGACUAUACGAAUACAUUGUAAUAUAAUCAAAACCAUUUAUCUUUUUAUAUA